AUGGUCGGGUCUGCCGAAGGUCGGACUUCUAGGAGCUUACCGCGUGUGCUCAACUAUCACGCCGUCUUCCAACGCUACCGGAUGGUCCUUGACGAGGCCCUGCGUCGUUCGGAAUGGUUGGUGACAAGCGCCGCAUGUAUCGCCGAGGAGCUCGUCGAAGCGUCAGACGAAGCGCGUUGCACGGAGUUGGCGUGUAUUGGAAACCUACCCAAGCUGUGGCGCAUCAGCUGUCACAUGCCACAGGCACAGCGGAGAAAGCAGGGCCUGUGCCGCUUUAAUACAACAGAUGAAUCCGGUCCGCCGUGGAACUUGAAGGGGGACAGCGCUUACUCGAGCUACCAAUCUCAGGCCACGAGCCUUGAAGCAAGAUCCAGGUCUAAACACUCUAACAAUUUCAAGAAAGCAAGCUCUGCCGAGCCAGCGCGCUCGUUAAUGUGCGGCAUCAAAUCGGUAGAGAUUAGCCCGACCAGAGACAAGUCGAACUCAGUCAAUAAGGAGCCUGCUAUCGAGGAGAUCGAGACCGACAAGGAGGAACAAUACCCUGAGGUAGUCCGAAAGGCGUUCGGGGAUCGCUACAACGAGCUUCCCUACGCCGCAGGCGAGUUCGUGGUCACCGGCUUCACUGAGACAGAGUGGAAGGCAUUGCAGGAGUGGCUUCAGACCCACGACGAGCUAAACCGGUACAGUUUUGAUUAUGAUCCAGAGAAGAACGAAUUAACAACGAUGUCGCCAACUCACCUACACAACCGUCUCGGUGCAUUGAAGAAGUUGAUGCUCCACGAGCGAUUCGUUGAAUACUUCCUUCCGCCGGUGUGGUUACGAAGGCUCCUCGGUAUUUCUGACGAUACCGCGGACUACGCGUCUGUGCGUGGAAAAGGAGGGAAGAAGAAGAUCGCCGACGCCGUCGAGGCAAUCAAAGUGGGCAGCGAACUGGUCAUCACUUCUCUGGACGAGACGGCGCAGUCUCAGCCUACGUACACCGAAUACGAAGGCGCUACGGAAGGCGUACUCAAUAAGAUCUUGGAGAUGGCGGACCGGUUCGUAGCCUAUCGAGACGAGGAGGUCGACGAUGACGAUGAAGACUCACUGAACCUCAUCGCCCUCAACUGCUUCAGGAUCCAGGAGCUGCAGAAGACCGGUAGCGAGAAGGCGAAGUGGUCAUCGCCAGGGAUCGGUUAUCAUCGACUCAAAGACCUGAAAUUCGAUGCCGACGCCUACAACAAGAUGCUGAAGACGUACCCGGAGUUGAUACACAAAGCGGGUCCAUUCGUCGCGAAGGGCAAAGUCUUCUUCGGCGCUGUUCGCGUCUAUUGGUUUCACAUCCCCCUCGACCAACUGGAAAUCUUUAGGGAGGGCGUGAAGGCGAAGUGGCCGAUGGAGGAGUGGGUCGCUAGGGGCCUUGCAAUCCCUCUCCUCGAUUCGUAUAAUGAGGCGCAGCAGCUGCAGGUCGAGGCGUUCAUGGGCAAGGUCGUGCAAGCCUACAAGGAGAAACUAGCCUUGUUGGCGGGCCAACUGAUGCUCGAUGAGAAUGAGCAGACCAUCGACACGGCGCUGAUGGACCUCCCCCCAGAGGAACAUGAAAAGCGGCUCGGACAACUUCGCAUAUACCUGCUGCGCCUCCUCAAUCCGCCCGAGGAAACUCUGAACUUUGACGACUGCAUUCCUCGUCUUGUUCGCGAGAUCCGGUUGGGCGCAUACGGCACUGCAAGUGAACGCCUCUGCGACAACUCGAGGAUCACCGGUCAAGACGCGACCGUUUCGCAAGGCAGCAAACCCGGGAAGCGGGGGCGCAAUUCGAAGGGGGAAGACAUCAUGGCUUGCCUAGAUCGUCUGGAGAACAAUUAUCUCAAACGCAAGCGUGGGGAGGGUGUCGGUGACAGCAGCGAAGACGACUCGGAGGGCACCAACGAUCGUGCUCGCGAUGGACCGAGUACCUCCCGCGGUUAUUCGAUUUGUUGCUUGACCAGCCCCAACAAGCACGCACCGAUGCGUACGGAGACGACUGAUGCUUACAGAUACGACCGACGCGUACGGAUACGACCACCCGUCGCACACCAAUACGGCGAGCGCAUGCCGGGCUUGACCAGCCCCAGCAAGCACGCACCGGUACGACUGAUGCGUAUAGAUACUACGACCGACGGGUACGGGUACGACCAUCCGUCGCACACCAAUGCCCGGCUUGACCAGACCCAACAGGCAUGCACCGGUGCGUACGGAUACGACCGACGGGCACAGAUACGACCAUCCGUCGCACACCAAUACGGCGAGCGCAUGCCGGGCUUGACCAGCCCCAGCAAGCACGCACCGAUACGACCAUCCGUCGCACACCAAUACGGCGAGCGCAUGCCGGGCUUGACCAGCCCCAGCAAGCACGCACCGGUACGACUGAUGCGUAUAGAUACUACGACCGACGGGUACGGGUACGACCAUCCGUCGCACACCAAUGCCCGGCUUGACCAGACCCAACAGGCAUGCACCGGUGCGUACGGAUACGACCGACGGGCACAGAUACGACCAUCCGUCGCACACCAAUACGGCGAGCGCAUGCCGGGCUUGACCAGCCCCAGCAAGCACGCACCGAUACGACCAUCCGUCGCACACCAAUACGGCGAGCGCAUGCCGGGCUUGACCAGCCCCAGCAAGCACGCACCGCCCCAGCAACCACGCACCGCAAUGGUCAGCUCGUCAGCUCGUUAG